GUUGCUUCUUUGCCACUGUGUAACUACGAAACAGAAAAUAUUAGUAAAGUUUCUUGCAUUUUUUCUUUGCUUGGUGAUUGGUAAUGAUAUGUUCAGCAUGCAUUUAUUUUCUCAGUUUCUUCUUUCUGACGGGUAUCCAAUCAUUCCGCGUUUCUUUGAUUGAGGCAAAUAUUGGAUUAAGAUCUUGAGGCUUCUGAGAUACUUUUAAUCGUCUUUUUCUUUCUGCUCAGUGUCAUUUAGGUAAGGUAGCAAGAAAUUGAAUUUUAUUUUUAUGUCUUUAGAAACAGAAUGUCAUUCGAUUUUUACAACCAGGAGAGUUUAAUUGAAUUUUGAAAUGGACAUUUUGUUUGAUCAUUUUCCUUAUGUGUUUCAAUUCAUAUUAAAGAAUUUGGUUUGGGAAAUAUUAUGUCGUUUUGAUUCUGUAUACUGCAGGUCGUUGCUAAACCAGAUGAACUUUUAUGUAAUGCUUUAAAUCUGAUGGCUAGUGAUUUUAGCGAUGAUGUUAAACAAACCUUACUUUCUGAAAAGAAAGAUAAUUCUCAACACAAUAAUGAAACGAAUGCCGUCCAGAGAAGAAGAAAUCGCCCAUACAGCAUUAGCACUAGUCCAUGUCCAUCAUUCAAGAACCGCCUACAACAAAACGAAGUGGUAUCUCAAUAUCCUGCAGAUUGUGAUCCAGUCUAUGUAAAACCACAAUUCAGUCUAAGGCAAGUAGUCUUGUUGUUGAUUGCAUACAUUGGUGGAGGCACAUUUUGCUUUUUCCUGAUGAGGCAUCAGAUAAAGGGUAAGAAAACGAAUGCAAUUCUGGACUCCAUGUACUUGUGUGUAGUCACAAUGAGCACUGUGGGCUACGGGGACCUUGUGCCAAAUAGCAUGUUGGCAAAGCUAGUUGCUUGCGUUUAUGUGUUCACCGGCAUGGCCCUUGUUGGCAUAAUUCUUGGCAAGGCAGCAGAUUACCUUGUAGAGAAACAGGAAAUCCUUUUGGUUAGAGCCAUACAUUUUCGAGAAAAAGUUGGGCCACCGGAGCUUCUUAAGGAGGUUGAGACCGAAAAGGUUAAAUUCAAAUGUAUUUCUGUCGGAAUCCUUCUUUUGAUUCUUAUUAUAGUAGGAACUGUCUUCUUAUGUCUAGUUGAGAAUCUGGAAGUUAUGGAUGCUUUCUAUUGCGUUUGUUCCACUAUUACUACACUAGGCUAUGGGGACGAGAGCUUCUCAACGGGAGCUGGUCGUAUUUUCGCUGUUUUUUGGAUACUGAGCAGCACCAUUUGUUUAGCACAGUUCUUUCUCUACCUUGCUGAACUAUGCACUGAAAGAAGGCAAAGAUCACUUGUGAAGUGGGCUCUUACGCGGAGAUUAACACCCUCGGAUCUUGAGGAAGCAGAUCUUGAUCAUGAUAAAGUCGUUAGCUUGUUGGAUUCAUCUAUGACCAGUGCGGCAGAGUUUAUCGUAUAUAAGCUAAAGGAGAUGGGGAAGAUCAGCCAGGAAGAUAUUGAACUGCUGAUGGAAACGUUCAAGAAACUUGACAUUGAUCAUUCAGGAACUUUGACGACAUCUGAUUUAAUAUCAAUGUCAUCUCAACCAACAACUUAAAAGUAAUUCCAGGAGGGAGCUCGUAAAAUGAGGAAGCCCAUUGCCACGCAAAUUUAUUUAGAAACUUGAACUACUAUUGAACACAAUUGCACGUACUGUAAUCUGUAGACUUGAAUUUUUCGCUUGGAUUGUAAAUUUCUUUUGGAUGACUUGAUUUGAUUACGAGAAAAGAGCAGGAGGAGAAGAUUUAGAAGAAUUUUAGAA